AUGUCUUCUCUGCACACUGGCGUUUGGUUGCUGCUGGCGUGGGGACUGAUACACACAGCUUCAUCCUCUUACUAUGAUGGAAUUGAGGAAGUGAAUAAUGACUUUAUUGAAGGUUGUGCAAAGGAAGCCAAACACCUGGUAGAUACGGCCUAUAAAAACACCCGCCAAAUCUUGAAAGAACGCUUAAAGAAGAAGAUAGUUGAGGCUCGCGACCUCAUGGCUUACUUCAAGCAGCCCGUUGCAGGAAGCAGAAACGCCAUACGAGCUGCCGAUUACAUGGGCACUACUCUGGAGCUUCUGAGAGGAAAAGUCAAAUACUUUUAUGACCGUCCUUUCAAUAUUACAGAUCUACUAACAAAGAAACAGAUUGACACUAUAUCUCAGAUAUCAGGCUGCACAACACAAAACCUCCCAAAAGCUUGCCAGAACAGUCAAUAUCGCACCAUUACUGGAGAGUGUAAUAACAGGAGAAAUCUCUAUCUUGGUGCUUCCAACACUGGGUUUACGCGUUUGCUGCCUGCGCAAUAUGAAGAUGGUGUGUCUCUUCCUCGUGGCUGGACUGAAAAUCGUAUGAUUAAUGGAUUCCGUCUCCCUUUGGCACGUCAAGUAUCCAAUGAAAUCGUAAGAUUCCCAGUUGAAAAUAUCACCCUGGACAGUGGCCGAGCACUUAUCUUCAUGCAAUGGGGACAAUGGACAGAUCAUGACCUUGAUCUCUCGCCUGAGACUCCUGCAAGGUCAACUUUCCUUGAAGGUAUUGAUUGUGAUACCAGCUGUGCAAGAGAGCCCCCCUGCUUUCCACUCAAGAUUCCACCAAAUGAUCCUCGGUUUACAAAUCGCAGUGACUGUAUCCCAUGCUUCCGCUCCUCUCCUGUGUGCACCCCGGGAUCUCCAAUCCGUGAACAGAUAAACAUUCUCACCUCUUUCCUCGAUGGGAGUCAAGUGUAUGGCAGUGAUCUGCCACUGUCUUUUGCACUACGUAAUAACACAAAUCAGUUUGGACUUAUGGCCAUUAAUCAGAACUUCACGGAUAAUGGGCUUGCAUAUCUUCCAUUUGAAACUGUAGAAGAAGACUUCUGCGUCCUGACGAACAGAUCUGGAAUCCCUUGUUUCUUGGGAGGAGACCCCCGUGUCAGUGAGCAACCUGGUCUCACUGCCUUUCACACACUCUGGGUACGUGAACAUAACCGCAUAGCUACAGAACUACGGAGGAUGAAUCCGCGUUGGUCUGGUGAGACCUUGUAUCAAGAAGCUAGGAAGAUCGUAGGGGCAAUCUUGCAGAAAAUCACGUACAAAGAUUGGCUGCCUUUACUGUUGGGAUCAGAGAUACAAAAAGUUCUCCCUAGAUACAGAGGUUACAAUGAGUCUGUAGAUCCAAGGGUGGCUAAUGUAUUCACUAUCGGGUUCCGCAUGGGCCAUACUCUCAUACAGCCAAUCAUAUAUCGUCUUGAUAAAGGCUAUCGUCCCUAUGUUCCAGAGCCACAGACCCUCCUACGCUUGACUUUCUUCAAUAGCUGGAGAGUGGUCAGCCACGGUGGAGUUGAUACUCUUCUCCGUGGACUGAUGGCAAAUCGAGCAAAACUUAAUCGGCAAAACCAACUGGUCGUGGACGAGAUAAGGGAGCAUCUCUUUGGGCAAUUGAAACGUACUGGGCUUGAUUUACCAGCCCUAAAUUUGCAAAGGGGCCGUGAGCAUGGUAUACCAGGAUACAAUGCCUGGAGAAGGUUUUGUGGAUUUUCUGCACCAAGGAAUGUGAAUGAGUUAGCUGCUGUGCUGAAUAACAGGGAGCUGGCCCAAAAGUUCAUAAAUCUGUAUGGCACACCUGAAAAUAUCGACAUUUGGGUUGGCGGGGUUGCUGAACCUUUAGUUCGUAAUGGCAGAAUUGGGCAGUUGCUUGCAUGUCUGAUUGGCAACCAGUUCCGUAGAGCUCGAGAUGGAGACCGGUUUUAUUAUGAGAACCCAGGGGUGUUCACCUCCUCUCAGAGGAAUGCGAUCGAGGCAGGGACAUUUGCACGUGUCAUCUGUGACAACACUGGGAUUACUGAGGUUCCUCGAAAUGUCUUUUUGGGCAAUCAAUAUCCUCGUGAUUUUGUAAGAUGUCAGAAUAUUCCAAUCCUGGACCUCAGACCAUGGAGAGCAACCUAAGAUUAAAAUGAUAACCAUUACCAUCUCAGAACUGGAGAUAACCAGAACUCACCAUAUAUUCCCCAGCCAUAUAUUCCCCUGUAUAUAGCUCCACAAUUCCAUGUUCUAUUGCUGUCUUUAAAACACUGAGGGAGAUCUAUCAACGGAGUGUAGCUAUAGUGGGUGUAGAUUUGGCAUCUGGGCCAUGGUGUUUGUCGUGACCCCAAAGCCCUUCUGCCACAUAUGAAGACACCAAUAUUAUAAAUGGCACAUGGUAGGUGAGGCUCUUUUACAAAUUUUGUAUUGGGGCCCAAGAGCUUUAAGCUACACCUCUGUCUAUAAAAACUAGUGAAAGGGAAAAGUUGAGCAGCUGUUCAUAUCAACCAGUGACAUUUCAUCGGUUAUUUUUCACAGGCCCCUAGAAAAUCAAAGCAGAAACCAGAUAAGUUGCUAUGGGCAACUGCUCCCCCUUCUCUUUGUAUCACUUUUGAUAAAUCUUCCCUACAAUUCCUAAGCCUAAAUAAGCUUCUUAGUUAUAAGGAUUGUAUAUCGUUCUUGCCUUUACUAUAUAUAUUAUAUAUAUUAGUAUUCAAUACUUUAUAAAUGCUUAUGCUUUUCCAGAAUUUUCUAACAUAAGAAACAUUGUGCAACAUUACAAAUAAUUUCCAAAUAAAAAUAUUACAUUUGAACAAUC